AUGCACGAAACGAUGACACUGUACGGACGACGUCGCAUGACUACGAUAUCUUGGGACAUCACCCAGGAGGACCUACAGUGCUGCGGAGUGACCGACUUUAACGACUGGCACGAACGGAUUCCAGAGUCGUGCUGUAUGGAAGAAUUUGCCGGACGCAAGCGACCCUGUCAGGAGCUGCAAACUGAAUUGACCAUCUUUCAGCAAGGCUGUUACCAUGCAGUUACGAAGGAACUGUUCCGAAAUGGUAGCAUUUUGGGUGGCGCUGGAUUGGUACUGGCUUUCGUGAUGAUCCCUGGAAUUGUGCUUGCUUACUACAUAUUAACGUCACUAUAG